GUGGAGGACCUGAUGAUAGAUGUGGAGAGAGCUAAUGCUCUGGCUGCUAACCUCGACAAGAAGCAAAGAAACUUUGACAAGGUUCUUGCAGAGUGGAAGCAGAAGUAUGAGGAAAGCCAGGCAGAGCUGGAGGGAUCUCUAAAAGAAGCACGUUCUCUCAGCACAGAGAUGUUCAAGCUGAAGAAUUCAUAUGAAGAAGCGUUGGACCAUCUGGAGUCCUUGAAGAGAGAGAACAAGAACCUGCAACAGGAGAUCUCUGACCUGACUGAGCAAAUAGGUGAGAAUGGAAAAACUCUUCAUGAACUGGAGAAAGGGAAAAAGAUUUUAGAGAUUGAAAAGUCUGAACUCCAGACUUCACUUGAAGAGGCAGAGGCUACACUAGAGCAUGAGGAAUCCAAGAUUCUCCGUGUUCAGCUUGAGCUUACCCAAAUCAAGGGUGAAGUUGACAGAAAAAUUGCAGAGAAAGACGAGGAGAUUGACCAGAUCAAGAGGAACAGCCAGAGAGUGAUUGAGUCCAUGCAGAGUAAUUUGGAUUCUGAAGUCAGGAGCAGGAAUGAUGCCCUGAGAAUCAAGAAGAAGAUGGAGGGAGACCUCAAUGAGAUGGAGAUUCAGCUGAGCCACGCAAACCGCCAGGCAUCUGAGGCCCAGAAACAGCUGAGAAACGUUCAGGGACAGCUAAAGGAUUCACUACUGCACCUUGAUGAGGCCUUAAGAGGUCAAGAAGACAUGAAGGAGCAGGUUGCCAUGGUGGAACGCAGGAACAACCUGAUGGUGGCUGAGAUCGAGGAGCUGAGAGCAGCACUGGAGCAGACGGAGAGGUGCCGCAAAGUGGCUGAACAGGAGCUGGUUGAUGCCAGCGAGCGAGUGGGACUGCUG